GUUCCUUAGAAACCAGGCGGCGCGGCGCGCUGGAGGUUCCCGGUGGUGGCGGCGCUCAACUAGGGGCCGGGCCGUUCGCCCGCGCGUCCCCGUCGGCCUCUCCUUCACCGCGGAGGGCUGCGGGCGGCGGCUUGUCGGGGAGGCGGCAGGCAGCCUUCGGGAAAUCCGUCGAGACGCGACGCCCGGUGUCCGGGCGAUGCCAGCGUGCCAGGAGCCAUGUCUGACCAGGCGCCAGGAAAGGCCAUCUUCCUCCAGGAGGCCCUGGUGAGGAGAUGAGUUGGUGAGCGACAGGCCGGCAUGAAGACGCUCCCGGGAGUGGGUGUGUUUGGGACCGGCAGCUCGGCCCGAGUUCUGGUGCCCCUGCUGCAGGCUGAGGGCUUCACUGUGGAGGCCCUGUGGGGGAAGACGGAGGAGGAGGCCAAGCAGCUGGCCGAAGAGAUGAACAUCACUUUCUAUACCAGCCGCACGGAUGAUGUCCUGCUGCAUCAGGAUGUGGACCUGGUGUGCGUCAACAUCCCACCUCCACUAACCCGCCAGAUUGCCGUGAAGGCACUAGGUAUUGGGAAGAACGUGGUGUGCGAGAAGGCGGCUACCUCUGUGGAUGCCUUCCGGAUGGUGACGGCCUCCCGCUACUACCCACAGCUCAUGAGCCUGGUGGGGAACGUGCUGCGCUUCUUGCCCGCCUUCGUGCGCAUGAAGCAGCUGAUUGCGGAGCACUACGUGGGUGCCGUGAUGAUCUGCGACGCCCGCGUCUACUCGGGCAGCCUGCUCAGCCCCAGCUACGGCUGGAUCUGUGACGAGCUCAUGGGCGGCGGCGGCCUGCACACCAUGGGCACCUACAUCGUGGACCUGCUCACCCACCUGACGGGCCGCCGGGCCGAGAAGGUGCACGGGCUGCUCAAGACCUUCGUGCGGCAGAACGCGGCCAUCCGCGGCAUCCGGCACGUCACCAGCGACGACUUCUGCUUCUUCCAGAUGCUCAUGGGCGGCGGCGUAUGCGGCACCGUCACGCUCAACUUCAACAUGCCGGGCGCCUUCGUGCACGAGGUCAUGGUAGUGGGCUCGGCGGGGCGCCUGGUGGCUCGGGGAGCUGACCUCUAUGGACAGAAGAACUCUGCCUCCCAGGAGGAGCUGCUUCUCGCGGACUCGCUGGCCGUGGACACGGGGCUGCCCGAGCGGGGGCCCCACGACGUGCCCCUGCUCUACCUGAAGGGCAUGGUCUACAUGGUGCAGGCCCUGCGCCAGUCUUUCCAGGGCCAGGGUGACCGCCGCACGUGGGACCACAGCCCCGUCUCCAUGGCCGCCUCGUUUGAGGACGGGCUGUACAUGCAGAGCGUGGUGGACGCCAUCAAAAGGUCCAGCCGCUCUGGGGAGUGGGAGUCGGUGGAGGUGCUGACGGAGGAGCCCGAUGCCAACCAGAACCUGUGUGAGGCGCUGCAGCGGAAUAACCUGUGAGCCUGGAGCCUGCUUGGGGCCCCUAACGGGGAGGGCAGGGGCUAUGACAGGAGGCUGUGAUCAUAUUUUUAAUUUCAGGAGUCCAUGUGGUUGGGGGGAGCAAAGUCCUAUAGGCUCCCCAGAAAUGUGCACUCUGGCAGCUGGUUAACUUUCAGACUUGUAGGCCAACACAGCUCAUGGUUGCACAAGGAUGGAGAAGGGCAGCAUCCUCUGACAGUGGGGCUGCAGUGGCUUCACUUGGGGAGACUGUGACUUCACUUCAGGGGCUGCUGCACCUGAAAUCGUGUUUCUCCCUGAUGAGAAGCCCAGCCAGGAGCCUGCUGGGCUGGGCUCGUUCCCUUGUGCCUGAGAAAUGACAGGAAGGCUCGUUCCUAGGCCCUCCUUGGCCAGCUCAUCUCAGGAAAGAUGGAGGCAGCCAAUCCUCCUUCAGGAUCUCCAGUCCUUGGCCCUGCCUUGCAGCUCUGCCCCUCUGGCCUCCAGGCUGCCCCUCUGCUAGCAGGGAAGAGAGGGUCCUCCUUUAGCUGAGAGCACUCAGGAUCAGCUGACCUAGGGCAGGGGGCCUCUGAUUCGCAGAGAGUAGCUUCUGAUACUGUUAAUAAAUCAGGAUCUGCAGCACCACAAAAAAAAAAAAAAAAAAAAAAA